UUUCAUUUCAAGAUGAAAUUGUACAUCGCCUUUGUCUUUUUGUCUGUUUUGGCCCUUACAUUAUCUUUGCCUAGAUCCAAAAGAGCUGCCUAUGAACUCCCUGCUGGAGCGGACCUCAUCGUAGGCCCGGUGAGAACCUCCUUUGUCUGUGCCAAUGAGGGUUACUAUGCCGACAUUGAGAACAACUGCCAGAUCUUCCACAUCUGCCAUAUAGCUUACCACGCCGGUGGCAGGGCUCAAAUGCAACAAUGGUCCUUCAUGUGUGGGAACCAGACCGUCUUCAACCAAUUCUCAUUCACCUGCUCCAACUAUGACGAAGCUGUGCCUUGCGGAAGUUCGGGAGAAUUUUUCUAUUUGAAUGGAAAUCUGCGUGCUGGACCUGGUGUGUUUUUCCAUAAUGAACAAGAUGUUGCCAAAGCAGCUUCUCUUAUACCUGGAAGAUCAGCCCAGCCUAAUUUGCCACCUGUUGCACCUCCCCCUGUGGGAGUUAGACCACCAUUUAGAGGAUGAGUGUGAUUCAUAAAACUUCCUUUAUUUGUGUACUCCCUAUGUGUAGACUUUCUAAAAUAUAUUAACGUUAUGAUGUAAAAGAUUUUAACUAAUAUUAAAUAUGUUUAGCUCAACUCAAAAAUAUGCAUUUCUGAGUUGGAAUUUCUGUUUAUUGCUUUAAUAAGAUUUAUUUCUUUGUUGAUGCGUCCAAUCUCACUUGCACUAAGAUAUGAGGGGUAAAUCUGAGAAUUUAUAUAUUUCUAUGAAUGUUUAGGAUGAUAAAAGAAAUGCCUCGUUGAUUGAGAAUCCAGAGUAUUGCCUUAGAUUGAAUGAAUAAUGUUUUAUGCAAAUCACUAAAAUUAUUAUUAAAUUUGAAUAUUUUUAACAAAUUUAUGUUAUUAUA